GGGAGAAAUCCAAGUGUGUAUAUAUAAAAAUAAAUCCAUAUCGUCCACGUCAUAAUUAACUCCUCUAAAUUAAAUUUCGCGGGCCCGCCAUUUUGCCCCCGUCCCUUACGAUACCGAUGUCCUUCCUUCCCCUUUCGCCACUCCGCCCUGCCCUGUCCCAAAUGGCGUCCCCCACCAGAUCUCUUCCCCUGCAAAAACUUCUCACCUUCUUCUGCUAAUAAUAAUAUCAACCACAUUCCAGAUCCCACCUCACUAUCCUCCACAUCUUCUUCUUCUUCGACUUCCAAGCCUGUCUAAUUUUAUCCCCUUUGUAAUCGACUUCGCUUGUGCGAGGAUCAAUCUGGCUCGAUGAAGUUUCUAAUCGACUUCGUCUCUUGCUGCGGGAGCUCCGGCUGCGAAAUUUCGAGCAUGGGAGAGGCUUCUAGUUCGAUUUCAGCGAGGAGGAGAACCCAGUCGGAGGAGACGCGAGGGCUGGUCUCUGGAUCUGCCACGGCGGCGGGUGGUGGCGGGGCGGCUGUUUCUUCCUCCAACAGGGGACGCCGUCGGGCGAGAAAGAGGAGCAGAGCUGUGUCAUCCUCCGCCGCAGAUGGCGGGAGCGGAACGGGGCCGGAGGGAGAGUGGAAGCCGACUCUGGCGGCGAUCGCGGAGGACAGAGUGGCGUUGGCGGUGGAGGAGAAAGCGAGGAGGGAGAAGGAGGAGAGGGCGGAGAAGAGGAAAGGCAGCCGCGGCGGCGGAAGUCGAUCACGUGAUGGUUCUUCGUUUUACGGCGAGGAUUGCAGGCGAAGCGGAAAUCAGUUCGCCGGCGUUUUCCCCGGUUUCCCGGCGGCGCCGUUCAUGAUUUAGGGGGGCUGAAAUGAUGAUUUAUGAGUUGUACACUUGUACGGAGAUGGUUUUGCUGUAAAUACAAUAAAGAUUUCUGUUUAUUGCUCCAAGUAACGGUCUUUUGAAUAUUCUACUCGCCCCUUUUUUGGAUUCCCAACAACCAAGUCCAACUCUGUGGGAAGUAUCGAACUUUUGAACGCGACGUUCUUGAUUCUUGAGAUACGAUGCUCUGUUUUUUUUGUCGUCGCACGGCAGAGG